AGAACGUAAACAAACCGCAACCGGCGCCUUUUAUUGUUAAACGUUUGCAUUUCAUCAAUUCUAAUCAAUAAAUAUGCCAAAUUGGAAUCAAAUACAAUCACAAUUGCGCAGCUCAAACAAUCCCGUCGUGUUCUUUGACAUAGCCGUGGGCACAACGGAAAUUGGGCGCAUGAUUUUCGAGCUAUUUGCAGACACUGUGCCGCGCACGGCGGAAAACUUUCGACAAUUUUGCACGGGCGAGUACCGACCGGAUGGAGUACCGAUUGGCUACAAGGGCGCCAGUUUUCACAGAGUCAUCAAGGAUUUCAUGAUACAAGGCGGUGAUUUUGUGCAAGGCGAUGGCACUGGGGUGACCAGCAUCUAUGGCAACACAUUUGGCGACGAGAAUUUUACGCUGAAACACGACUCACCUGGCCUACUGGCCAUGGCCAACAGUGGCCGGGACACAAAUGGCUGUCAGUUCUUUAUCACAUGUGCGAGGUGUAAUUUUUUGGAUGGCAAGCAUGUGGUCUUUGGACGCGUACUGGAUGGUCUGCUGAUAAUGCGUAAAAUUGAGAAUGUGCCGACGGGACCCAACAACAAGCCCAAACUGCCAGUUACCAUAUCGCAAUGCGGACAAAUGUAGCAGAAUUAUGUCAUGU